AUGUCAAACACUGUUGUCGUUAUUGGCGCUGGCGUGAUUGGACUCACAUCAGCCUUAUUGCUGGCCAAAGAGGGAAACGAUGUCACUGUUGUAGGCAAGCACAUGCCCGGUGACUACGAUGCAGAAUACGCUUCACCAUGGGCUGGAGCCAAUGUCAUUCCACUAGCACCCAAAGAGGCCAGUCGAUGGGAGCGAAGAACAUGGAUCGCUCUUAAAAAGCUUGUCGAAGAGACUCCAGAGGCAGGUAUUCACUUCCAGACAACUCACGUCCUUCGUCGAGAUCGUGACAUGAAGUCUGCCAAAUCUGGCUUCUCGGCACACUUUUACGCUGAUAACCCUUGGUUCAAGGAUAUGUUCAACAACUUCAGGGAUAACACGCCCACUGAACUUGCCGCCGGCUACGACUCGGGUUUCCAAUACCAAGGAAUUUGCAUCAACACAGCCAUUUACCUCCCAUGGUUGCUGGGCCAAUGUCUCAAGUACGGAGUCGUAGUCAAGCGAGGUAUUCUUGCCAACAUUAACGAGGCCAAGUCUCUCAGCCAUACUAGCAAGAAGGCGAAUAUCAUCGUCAACGCGACUGGACUUGGUUCAUUGAAACUCGGAGGUGUGGAGGAUACGACUGUUGCUCCCGCCAGAGGCCAAGUUGUCGUCGUGCGAAACGAAACACCCAAGAAUAUGCCUCUCUUCAUGUGCUCAAGCGCCCUGGACGAAAGUGGCGAGGAGAUCUAUGCUAUGCAAAGGGCCGCAGGUGGAGGUACCGUCAUCGGUGGUACUUAUCAAAUCAACAACUGGGACACUCAACCUUGUCCAAAUACAGCAAACCGUAUCAUGCAGCGAGUUGUGGACUUUAUGCCCGAGAUUGCUGGUGGAAAGGGUAUCACUGGUUUGAGUAUCAUCAGACACGGUGUCGGCUUCCGUCCAUACAGAAAGGGAGGAAUGAGGCUGGAGGAGGAAAAGUUGGACAAUGAGACAUGGGUUAUCCACAACUAUGGACAUUCAGGAUGGGGGUACAUGGGAUCUUACGGAUGUGCCGAGGGUGUAGUUGAGUUGGUUGACAAGGUGACUAGAAGUCGACCAAAAUUGUAA